AUGGGUUUCAGAAGAACGUCGUUGGUUUUGUAUAUUCUCUUCAUCUAUUAUCUUCAGCACAGUUUAAUUUUCAUGAGCUCACUGCCUCCCUCAGCUGAUACGAACCACGAGAGUGUUCCUUCUAGUGCAUCAGAGUCUGAUGUUGUUGGGUAUGAAGGAAAGACUCAGGAGUUAGCUUUUGUUAACUAA